AUGUGGGUUUGUAUCAGACCCAUAUUUAACCUGUUUUCGACCAUCCAUCAUAAAGUUCGCUCUCACGGCUCACCGCUCAGUGUUCUUACACAACACACACGCAGCUCCGCAGUGUUGCCUUCGCAACUCAAAAGCACCCGCCACCAUCGUGCGCCUCUGUCUCACUCACCUCCGUCGCGCGCCUCCGUCUCGCUCGCUCUGUCGCCCACCUCCAUCGCGUCUCUCUUCCCCUCACUCAGGUCUGAUCUAAGGAUUGCUUUAGAGAUGUCGGACCCACUGGAUCCAUUCCUAAGUCCUUUUGACUUGUCAAGAUCUAAAGGAUCUAGAAGAAUAUUGAACUACAGAACGAUCCAAGAGACGUAGAGUUGCAUCUUUAGAUCAUGAGGAUGAGAAAGAUAACUCUAUUUGCUCUAAACGAUC